AUGGAAAUUGAACAGUUAGUUUACGAAACACUCUUGCAGGCUAGUAGUCAACAUCCUGAUAUGUUGAAACCCGCAGAGCAAAAACUUAAAGAAUGGGAAGUAGAACCAGGAUUUUAUUCAGUGUUAUUUAGAAUAUUUUCAAAUCAAUCGUUGGAUUUAAAUGUUCGCUGGAUGUCAAUUUUAUGCUUUAAACAAGGCGUAGAAAAAUAUUGGAGAAAAAACAUUGAACAUGGUAUUUCCGAAGAAGAAAAAGUUACUCUAAGAAAAAUGUUAUUAACAAAUUUAUCAGAACCUGUUCCACGACUUGCAACUCAAGUUAGUGUAAUCAUUGGCAGAGUUGCAAGAUUGGAUUGGCCAUAUGAUUGGGAAGAUCUUAUGCCAGAACUAAUAGAGCGUAUUAAAUACGAUCCACAAAAUCGUGCAUUAUUAUCUAUGCAUCAUGUGGUCAAAUCAUUAGCAGGCAAACGAUUGUAUGAUAGUAUAAGACUUUUCCAAAAUGCUUCCAGCCAACUCUUCCCAAAUUUUUAUAGUCAUUGGGAACAAAGAACAAAUGCUUUCAUUAAAGAGAUGGAACAAGGAAAUAUAUCACCUUCAGUAGCUAAACUUUUGGAAGAUGCAUUUUAUACUCAAAAAAUUUUAUCUAAUUUUGUGUUAUAUGGUUUUAAAUCUCCUUACCCAAAUGAUGUUAAACAAUUCAUUUUGGCUAUUUUCAAUAAAGUUCGGCCUAUUAUUGCUUGCCGUGCUUACUAUCCUGAUUUAGUCGAAAAAUUUGUAUGCCGAAUGUUUAAAAUGUUAAUGGCAAUCUUAGAAGAUCAUCCAGCUGAAUAUCUAGAUUUUAUUCAACCAACUGUUGAACUGGCUUAUUUCUAUGGUUUUACUGCUGAUGGAAAUACUGUCGUCUUUGAAAGAUUCUUAAUUCAACUGUUUAACUUAACUAAAUUAAUAUUAAUUUGUCCUCAGUAUAAAUUGCCACGUACUAAUGGGCCUAUUUGUCAAAUGGACGAAAAUGCAAAAAGAAUAUCAGCUUUAGCAGUUCAACAUAAAGCUUCUGUAUUUAAAUCUGAUCGAUUAAUGAUAAUGUGUCAACAAUUAAUAUAUAAAUAUUUUUUACUUACACCAGCUGAAUUAGAAAUAUGGGAUAGUGAUCCUGAAAUGUUUGCUACUGAUGAAGUAGGAGAAUAUUGGAAGUAUAAUUUAAAAGCAUGUACAGAAUCACUAUUUAUGUCAUUAUUCCAUGAAUUUAGAGAACUGUUGACCCCAAGACUUGCAGCAACCAUUGAGUCAAAUAGAGAGUUUGUUGACCCUAAUAAUUUAGAAGCAGUUUUAAAAAAAGAUGCCAUUUAUAAUGCAUUUGGACUUACUGCAUUUGAGAUGUUUGAUAUUAUAAAUUUUGAUGAUUGGUUCAAUACGACAUUACGCCAAGAGUUAAUGGAAACACAUGGUCAUUCACGUGUAUUGAAGAGGCGCGUGGCUUGGUUGAUUGGUCAAUGGCUUACAGUUAGACUAAAUCCUGAAUAUAGACCUGAACUAUACAAUAUUCUUAUUGGACUUUUAAAUCCUGAGCAAGAUAUGGCCGUUCGUUUAGCUGCUACGUCCACUUUACGUUGUGCAAUCGAUGAUUUUGAUUUUAGUUCUGAGCAUUUUAUUGAAUAUUUGGAACCAAUGGCAUUCUCGUUGUAUAAGCUUUUAGUUAGUGUCCGUGAAUGUGACACAAAGUUAAAUGUGCUACAUGUCAUGUCAUUUAUGGUGGAACGAUUAGGUCCAAUGGUAGAACCUUAUUUUGAUUCUUUACUUCAGUACUUGCCAAAAUUAUGGACAGAUUCAGAUGAUCAUCACAUGCUACGUUGUGCAAUUAUUUCCACAUUAACACAAAUUGUUAGAGCUAUCCGAACAAAAAGUGCUGAGUUAACCCCAUUCCUUGUUCCUAUUAUUCGAUAUAGUGUAGACAUUAAAGAAAAAGCAUAUAUUUAUUUACAAGAAGAUGGUCUUGAAUUGUUGUUAUCUUACAUUGAAUCAUGUGCAACAUACAAUGAUGAAAUGCUAAGUUUAAUUAAUUAUCUCCUUCCAUUACUAGAUUAUUCAACUGAACAUCUAAAAACUGGUCUUAUGAUACUUGAAGCUUAUGUUCUAAUUGCACCAGAUAGGGUCAUAUCGGAAUAUGGUACUCAAUUAUUUAGCUUAACUACAUCUUUAAUGAAUGAUUUAAAAGAUGAAGGUAUCGUUUGUAUAUUAUCAUUAUAUGAAACAAUUAUAAAAGUAAAUUUACCACAAACUAUUGAGUUAAUGAUGGCAAUUUUAGGACAAAACUUAAAGUGUUUAUGUUCUGGUGAAAUAGGUUUAGCUGUAAAUAGUUGCCGGUUAUCUUUGAUUGCUAGAGUUAUAUUAAAUGAUUCAAGUAUUUUUAUUAAAGUUGUAGAACAUUUAUGUAUGACCGAAAAUGGAAAUUUAAUGAAUUUUGAUAAUGUGCUCAGUAGAAUAAUUGAAGUUUGGUUAGAACGAAUGAAUCAAAUUGUACAAAAUGAUAGAAGAAAAUUAUUAGGUCUUGCUUUAGCAUCACUUUUAACUUGUCAAAAAAAACCAAUUUUAGAAUUAUUUAAAGAAAUCAUAACUGUGUGUGUAGAAACUUUAAAUGACAUUAUGAGGAAGACUGAUGAUGGACUUUAUGCAGAUUCCAUGUUAAUGACUGACGAUUGCUCCAAUGUAAGCUCACGAGCAAAUUCUGAGUGCGAAUAUCAAUAUGAAACCGAACACAAUGAACGUCAAAGAUGCCUAUCGCUCAAAGACCCUGUCCACUGCAUUCCAUUCCAUAAAUACCUGCAAUCUCAAUUGUUGGCUUUACAAAACCAAAUCGGAGAACAGCAAUUCCAAGGUGUUCUUAUAUCCAAGGUCGACAGUGAUAUACUUGAACAACUCUACUUGUAUAUGUAAUGUGCUGCAGUAGAUUAAUGUUACGUUCUCCGUUCUUCUACUUUGCUUAAAUCGACUUUUUAUACAAUAAUUAUAUUAUGUUAUACAAUCUCUAACAUAACUGUGGGACUUGAAGUUUGAUGUAACAGUUUUGAAAUAUUUGAAAGAAAUGAUAUUGUUUAUUCAUCAUCUUCGUAAAUAUUAUUUAUAUAAGAUUUUUUACUUGUAUCCAAUGUGUCCGAUCGAUAGUACACACGGAUAUUAAAUUAUAUAUUCACAGUGAAUGUUUCAAUAUCUAAUUGAUGAAGCAAGCAUACCAUAUCCAUCAACUAUUUUACAUUUUUAGUAGUUUGCCAUUGACCCAUUGAGAAUAAUAAAUACUAGUCAUUAAUGAAAAGUAUAAAAGUUAAUUAAUUAUAAUUAUUAUGCUAUUGGUGGCAACUAAAAUCUAAAUUUUUAAAGUCUGCUCGCUAUCGUCGUCAGCUAUUGUUUGCACACAUUAUUUUUGUCUUUCAAUGUAUGUUCACUGAAAAUGGUUUCAUCGAUAACGUGUAGUUGAACCAGUACCAAGUAUCACCUUAGUAAAAAUUAUGUUUGCUUAGUUUCUAAUAUUACUAUUACUGUUAUUAUAUCGGUUACCAUUACGUUAUUCUGUUCAACAUCGUCUGUUGGGCAGAAGAAAAUGCUAGACAUUAUUUGAUUAAUUUCUAUACGUGAUAAUAUUUUGUCUUGUGUUUAAUUCUUUUUAAUUUUAAAUGGGCAAUUUA